AUGGAGAAUCAAGCUGAUAACAAGUUCACAUGGGUGAUUGAGAAUUUCUCUACUUUACAAUCUCAGGUCGUUUCUUCUGAUGAAUUCGUCAUCGGUGGCUGCAAAUGGCGUCUUCUCGCGUAUCCAAAGGGAUUUAAUAAGAGUGGUUAUUUCUCUCUGUUUCUCGAAGUCGCUGAUUAUAAAUCAUUGCCAAGUGGAUGGAGAAGACAUGCAAGAUAUCUCCUGACAAUUGUUAACCAAAAUUCCGGAAAAUGCUCCAAACGAAACGAAGCAAACAAAUGCUUUGAUCAUAAGAUUCCUGGUUGGGGUUUGUCAGCUAUGCUUCCCCUUACCAAACUUCAUGACGAAGAUAGUGGAUUUCUUGUGAACGAUGAAGUCAAGAUUGUUGCGGAAGUUGAGGUUCUUGAAGUUAUCGGCAAAUUGGAUGUAUUGGAGGAAAGUGAAGAGGCAAACCAAUCUCUAAAGAGGAUCAAGCUAGAUUAUGAUAGUGCGGAUUCUAUUAAUUUGCACAAGGAAAUUUCACCGGUAAUGGAGAGCAUUGAUGUCAAUGGGUUUCAAGUUCUUCCUUCACAAGUGGAUUUUGUGAGGCGUAUUUUCGAAAAACAUCCAGACAUUGCAUUAGAAGUCCGUCCAAAGAACCAAUAUUUGAGGAAAGCAUGCAUGAAUUUCCUUCUCAGCUUAAUCGAGACGUUGUGCCAAUCACUUCAGGAGCUCUCCAAUGAAGAUCUUGUCGAAGCAGACAUCGCGCUAACAUACUUGAAAGACGCGGGGUUUAAGUUGGAUUGGUUGGAGAUAAAGCUGGACCAAGUAAAAGAAAAGAAGAAGGAAGAGGAGAUCAACGAGGCUCGGAUGCAAGAGCUAGAAAAAGAAUUGAUGGACAUUAAGAAAACAUGCUUAGACAUGGAAGCUUUGUUGGAGAAAGAGAAGGCAAACAUGUUUGCUGCUAGAAGAGCUUCUCUAACGUUGGAAGAUGUUGUCUGA